AGGCGGGCUCUUAUUGGAUACAGGUCUUAAAAUCUCAGGAAGAUCUAGACCCUCAUCAUGUUUGCAAGAACCCUAUCGCUCAAGGCUUUUCAGUUCCUCUGGAUUUGUCAGGUCGGAAGCCGGGGUCUGGCGUCUGCCCCUGAGCCCAGACACCCGCCGAAAAAUAUUGCCAUCGUUGGAGCCGGAAUCGGAGGAACCUCAGCGGCGUAUUUCCUCAGGCAGGAGUUUGGACCCGGAGUCAAGAUCGACGUGUACGAGUCAGGCACAGUUGGAGGACGCCUCGCCACAGAGGCCAUCGAUGGGAGAGAUUAUGAAACCGGAGGCUCCAUUAUACACCCGCUUAACCUGCACAUGAAGCAAUUUGUGGAUAAACUCGGUCUGUCCAUUCGUGCUGAAGUUCCAUCGAAAAUGGGCAUCUUUAACGGCAAGGAGCUGACGUUCGAGGAGAGCGACUGGUUCAUCGUGAACUUCCUGCGCAUGAUGUGGAACCACGGUUUCAACCCGCUUCGCAUGCACAUGUGGGUGGAAGGCUUGCUGGACAAGUUCAUGAGGAUUUAUCAGUACCAGCAGUUCAGCUACUCUUUCUCGACUGUGGAGCGAAUGCUGCACGCCAUGAACGGCGAUGAAUUCCUCGCUCUGCUCAACCAGACGCUGGAGGAGGCCAUGUUGGCUCAUGGCUUCUCCCAGACAUUCAUUAAUGAAAUCGUCACCCCGAUAUCACGUGUCAAUUACGGCCAGAGCGUUCGCCUGCAUGCCUUUGUUGGUGCGAUAGCUUUGGCAGGCGCUGAAUCAGGACAAUGGGCUGUGGAUGGAGGUAAUAAGAGAGUCUGCUCUGGGCUUCUGUAUCACAGCAAAGCCGAACUCAUUCCAGCACGUGUGUCCAACAUCGCUCUCAAAACAAGGCCCUCUAAAAGCGGCACCAUCACAAACUUUUACGAGUUGAACUAUGUAGGUGAUUCUGGCUCCGCCCACUCCCUUUACGACAUUGUGGUUUUAGCCACACCCCUCCACCUGGGUCUGUCCGACAUCAGUUUCUCAGGCUUCUCUCCUGCCCUGUCCUCACACUUUCCUGGGCACUACCACCAGACAGUGAGUACUCUAGUCCACGGGCGUCUCAACGUCUCCUUCCUGGAUGCCAAACGGAAAGCAAGCGACUUUUUCGUCUCUGAAAUUUCCACGACGGACGGCGAAAAAUUGGGCAUCAGCAGCUUGAGCUGCCUGGAUCCUGUCCACAUCACGCCGGGUUACACGCGCCCUCCGGCUAGCCAGACGGCAGUGUGGAAGGUUUUUUCUCCUGAGCCCCUCACAGAGGAGCAGCUAAAGACGCUGUUCAUAUCGCGAGAGCACGUAUCAGAGAAGCGCUGGCUGGCUUAUCUCUACAAAGCACCAGAGCGUCAAGCUCCGCCCUUCAUCCUCCAUCACAGCCUCUAUUACCUCAGUUCUAUCGAGUGGGCGGCGUCAGCAAUGGAGAUGAGCGCCCUCUCUGCGCAAAACGUAGCACUGCUCGCCAACCAUCGCUGGCACGGAAACACAGAGAAGGUGGAUCAGGAGGGUCUGCACGCUCGCCUCCGGGGGGAGCUGUAGACACCUGACGGACGCUUCUAAUGACAAUCAUGAAAUCUACAAUUCACUGGAUGUUUGAUUGAAUCGUGUGCGGUGUGUUUUUACUGAUAUGAAAGACAUUCUACAGCUUUCUAUUCUAAUUUAGUGGCAAGCUUGUGCUUUCUUUCACAAUAAAAAAAAAAGUCUUAUAGAGACUAAAGCUGUUAAGUUUUUGCAGAAACUACAUUUCCUUAUCAUCUAUUCGUCAAUUAAAAACCUAAAACUAAAAACA